GUUGUGUUCUUUUACACAGGCAUUCUUGCUUGUCUUGAUGGGUAUAUGAACAUAGCAAUGGAGCAGACGGAAGAGUAUGUAAACGGGCAGCUCAAGAACAAGUACGGUGACGCCUUUAUCCGUGGAAACAACGUUCUUUACAUCAGCACAGUGAAGAGAACCUUGGCGGAUGGAGCCUAG